CAAGAACAGAAUAGACUUAGAGACGAACUAUAUACAUAAGUUUUCGGAUGUUGGAUAUACUCGAGAACGCUUCGCGAGGUGGUCAGCGAUUGAUACAUAUGAGUGCGUCUUUUUGUCUUGCUCGAAUCGUUGAGGUGCAAUGAGCAGCGUCUUCAAUCACAAGCGUAGCGAAAGUCAAUAGGAAUUCCAAAUAUCGGUUGAGUUCAAUCGAGCGACACGAGAGCAUCGAAUUCGAAAUCGAAAAAAGGGCAAUUUGUAACGAAUGACCAUUCAAGAUGGGCGAUCGCGAUAGCUAUCAAAAGUUUUGAAAACUCUACUGAAUAAGUACAGUCUUUUUAGCACCAGCGCUAUAAUUCCAGAAAAAAAUCUGUAAAAAGAAUCCACCAUCGUCUUAGUCUUUCCAAAAAAAUCAUGCGAUAGCAAAAAAGCGUAGAACAAAUCACAGAGAGCAUGACUCAGGUGAGCAACGACUAGGGAGGCAGUGCUUACGAAUCUUCAACUUCGAUACGUACUGCACCAGUACGUAUGCAACAAGGUAGAGAAUCUCGAUAUCCAAAUUUUUCCAAGAAUUGACAAAGACAAGAUGCCUCCUGCAGCACAGGCAAGGAGCAGCAUGAUGCUGGGCCCUUUUAGGGACCUUUGGCUAGCAGCAACGCAUCCUUCGCGCAAGAGCACGCUGGAGAAGGACUUGCAGCCUCUCAUUGUCGAAUUCGAAUUGCACCAUGUCAAAGCAGCCUCUUCAACCUCAGGAGAUCAACAAACAGGGAGCCUCGGACUAUGUGGUGGUCCUCAACAACAGAAGAAGUCUUCCUCAUCUUCAACGACAUUUUUAAAAACAUCUGCGUGGUCCUCGUCUUCUCUCAGUUUGCAUGUUUACGGAACGCUGUUUCAGGGGUUGGCUAAGGUAAUGCAUUUGAAGCUAGCCAGAGUAGUGGGGCAAGCGGAAAAAGCGAUUUCCCAGUUCCUAAAACGUGGUUUGCCGAUCAAGAAAAAGAAACAAAAACAUGCUGUUGGAGGUGUGGGAGCACAGUGGAAUGUCUUAACACCGAUCAGGGAUCAGGAACAAGGUAUAUUAUAAUUUUUUUUUCUAAUAUAACAAACCAAUUUUUCAUCAAUGCAAGAUGAAAGGAAUUGUGAAGAGUAGUUCUUUAUUUAGCAGAGACAGGAUGAUGUCGUCCAUGUCGAAGUUCUUUAUCUCACACACACCAGAUAUACUAAUGAAAUAUUGUUAAGUAGGUACCUUCUAGAGGUAAAUAAGCCAAAUUUCCCAAAAGAACUCCACUUCAUUUUCCAUACCUCCAACUCCACUUAGUCUUAAUGUCAUCACGACUUUUGAAAGAAUAAUCCUACUUCCACCGACUUCUACAGCCGUCGUCGUCCCCUUUCUCGAUACUGAUGGUGAUCACGACGUGGACGCAGAAGUCAUUUUCCAGGCUCAAUCUGCAGCCUUCGCGCGUGAGUCUCUGUCUACACAGGUGGAUGACUCUUCGCAGAUGAACCAGGGUCAAGAGGAACAUAUCAAUGGGCUUUUGCGGACUGCCAGAGGCCACGCAGCGGCUGCAAAAGGUCGUGGUAAGGAUUCAAAGAUGUUGGGAUUGAGUCCUGCUCAGGAAGAUCUAGAAGAAGGUCCUGGAGGAGGUGGAGGAGCUCUUGAGGAUGUACACCACCAUCGAGAUGUUGACCUAAAACUACUAGAUUUUGAUGAUCCAUUGCCGGCUGCUAGCCCAGCAGCUGGAGAAGUAGACUUCGAUUUGAGUCGCAUGCUGCAGACUGGUGGUGGGAACAUGAAAACAACAACUUGUAAAAAGGAGAACGAUCACGUCGCAGCUUCUUCACCCGAAGACAACUACGACAGCAUGAUGAUAGAAGCCUUACGUGGAGACGGGACAAGGACCACGAAGGACAAGAGCUUACUACGUGGCAUGAGUGCUUCAAAUCUCCUGACAACGGUGAAUGUGAAAGGAAUGGCAAGAACUUGUUCUUCUGAAGAGAUAAACCUCAGGAACAACUCACAAGAUUCUUCAGGCAUCUUCAACCUACAACAACACCCUGAUAGUAGCGAACUAGGACCACACGGUGCAGCUGGGGGUUCUCCAGACAUGCCUGUUCCAGGCGUCCCAGGAGGAAAGAAUUCCAUAGAAGGCCAUGACGUUGAUAUGUUGCAAGAACCUCCCGGAACGACCGAUGAACCGUUUGCCCAUGUAAACCUCAGUCCACCUCCUCCCUCUAGUUGUAGUCGUGGAAGCAGUAAAAGGAGUAGUAAAGAUCAUGCUUCUAAAGAUGAUCAAGAUCAUGAAGAUCUUCAGGAGAAGAAUAAGAAGCUGGGCAGCACACCUGGAAGCAUGCCUUCUUUUGGCGCUGUGACUCCGGUUGAGGUGGCACAUGAUGAGCUGCAUGAAGUAGGAAAGGAUCAGCAUCAGCUAAGUCAGAUGCUACAGUCGUCCAGAAGUAAAUCAAAAUCAUCUUCCUCUGCGGGAACGUCGGGGAAUGGUCUUCUUAACCACGAAGGAGUUGGACAAGGACUACAAGACGGAAGUUAUUUUCACCAAGGUCGUGCUAAUGGACGAGGAGGUGGCUUCACCCCCGUUGAAGAUGACGACGACGACGAAGAGCAUGUCAACAACCUAAAACUGAACAAAGAUCUCAACAAUGCUGGAAAGGACAGCGAUCACGACAACAACAAAAAGCUUCGGAAGAUGAAGAUGAAAGCGAAGAAAGUUCCGGUUGCAGAACGUGUGAUUGUACAGAAAUCGUAUCAACGUUCUGACGCCUUCAAAUUGAGCGACUUACUGGAGAAAAACGGACAUGGAUGGCGCGAUCGCAUUCGCAUCAACAGUGGAGGCCCUGAGCAAUGCGUUUUGUCGGUGGAGGCAUUAGCAUCGCGCUCGGAUCAGCAUUGCAGAGAGUUGUUCCCUGUGAUGGCCGUAAACGUCGCGAACGCUUUUGAACUACAGUCUGCAUCAUCUUCGUCAGGCUUGUUGUUCGAAGACAACAAGGAAGCGAAAAGCAACAAGCGCAUCAACAUCAAUCACUUUGAUAACAUCAAAGGAGGUGAUGAUCUACAUCUAGGAAAUUAUCAAUCUGAUGUUCGCGUGCUGCUUCCUCGCGAUCCAUUUGCCGCUGUGGAAGGGAUGGCAGAAGAUCUUGGAGCAGGUAGUAAACGUCGCAGACUUGUCGAGGGAGGAUUCGUUGAAGGACAUCCAGUAGGAGAUAUCUCAACUGUUAUUUGCAAUCGUGAAUUGGAUUUCGAUGUUGAUGAACAAGUAGAUGAGGGGCCCCAGGCUGAGGCAUCUUCCCUAACGCCUGGCAGUGCUGGUAACUCAAACUUAGAAGGUGGAUGUAAUACAAGUGGAGGUGGUGCUGGUAACUCAAACUUAGAAGGUGGAGGUAAUACAAGUGGGGGUAUAACUAUAAGCAGUGGGGGUCUACGUUUAGGGAUCAUGGAAGAUAACAACAUGCUUGGAGGAUCUUCUGAAGGAGGCGGAAGGAUCACACCUGGAGCAGUGUCAGUGGGCGGUAGUGCUGGUGGGUUGCCUCUCGCACAAGAUGCUUUUAACACUGGAUUGGUAGCCGCAAACAACAAGGCCACGACAUUGCCUAGUAGUCCUUUACCUCGUCCAGAACUAGUACAAGGUCCUCAGGAGCAACAGCAGAGGACAAGAAUGAACACUCUGAAUUAUCUCCCAGCAAACAUCCAGCAUGGAGGGAAGAAGAGCCACCUUCACCGGCUCGAGGAUUCAGGGUCGUCUUCCUCCGAUUUGAAUCGGAUUGAAGCUCUGCGUGGUGCUGGAGACUCUUCCUCUUCAGCGAGACGGUUCAGAAAAAGCAUUUCUGGUGAUGGACCUCUGCUUGAAUCCCUAAUGAUUUCCUCUAUGCAGAAUCUACGAGGUCCCGAAGACGAUAGUGAAGAUUCCUCUUCCAAUUCACGACAACAUCUCAAUUCACGACAACAUCUUGAUCUUGCUAGUCUUCGUGGUGGUGGAACGGGAAUAAUAAAGUCUAAAACUUCUAAUUUAGUGAAGAACAACUCUCACUCGUCUGGUGAUCAAGACGAUGCGCAUCUUCUACUUCAGCAAGAGCCACAACAAGAUGAGCAUGAACUUCACCAUGAACAUGACGAAGAUGUUGCCCAACAUGUUGAACAAGAAGAUUUUCUCCAUGUAGCAGAUCCAGUUUUCGAUUUCGGCAAUCACCAGAUUCAUGUAUCUUCCAGUCCUCAUCCUAGAGGUAGCAUGCCUGGCCCACCAGACUCAGCUUUUCGUGGUUUGUUUCCGGAGGACAUGAAGAAUAAGAAAGAUGACCUUCCGUCGUCGACGAGUGCUGCCUCUGCCAUAGGCAUAGUAGAGGAUGCCUCGAUGCUUCCUGAAGGUACUGCACCAUGGGAAGCGCGUUUGUUGCAGACCUAUCGUGCAAUACAGCUGUCUGCGAGUACGCGGAAGAGCAAACGCAGAAGAAGCGAUAAUGAAGAUGGUAGUAUGGAUAAUCGCAGUAAUGAAGAUGGUACCUCGUCCACUUCGUGUGUCGUGGUAGUGGAAGAUGAGAAUAACACCACUUUUGAAGCAGUCUGUAGUCCAGAAACAGAAGAUCGAGAAGCAGCAUCCUUGGCCUUUCGCGAUAUUUUGGCCCUUGCGACAGCUGGUGAAAUUCGUGUACGUCAACGAAAGGCGUUUGGAACUAUCAGCAUCCGUUUGCUGGGUGCAACAGCUGAAGCGGUCUUCUAGAUGAUACUGCACACUGUGGUGCUGGGGAGUUGUACAAAGAAGAAGAAGAAUCGAAAUAGAAUAUCAUAUUAUACUUGCUGACUUUUUUUGCUUAAGGAUACGGAGGACAGAAAUGGAAUUGAAAAUACCGAUGGGACAAUACCUGCUGAGGCCAACAACAAAAAAACCUUCCAAGAAACACGUCAGAAGUAGUAGAGUGCAAUAGGUAGCAGGUACAACAACAACUACUACCAUAGGAAUACUAGAGCAUUUUUUUGCGUGCAGCAUCAUCAACACCUAGUAAACCAACGACCAUCAUUAUUUACCUAGUAAGUGUACAAGUAGUAAGAAAAAAGUACGGUCGACGUGCAACCUUGUGAAACCAGAUGAAUGACGAGCUACGAUCGUCCUCGUUGUUCUUUGCAGAUCUAUUUUUACGCCUGAUGCUCUUCCUCUUUCUUUGUUUUUAUGAGCAAGUCUGAACAAUGAUCACGAGUACUUACGAUUUUUCACCAAGAAUUUUCUGUUUGCAAGUUGAAGUUCGCUCCGCUACCUCAAGUAGUGCAUACUGCUAUUCUUAUUCCUUGGGAGUACUCGCAAAUACAAGUAAGUCUGAGUAUCUACUUCUAACUGUGCAACAAGUCAUGAAAAGUUUGGAUCGUCUAGAAGUAAAUGAAAUGCAAUACUAGAAUUUCAGAUGCUGCCAGAUUAAUAAGUGCUAUGGAUCCUAUUUUUCUUCUUGAAGCGUUGUAGACAGCGUACAAUGGGAGCUACUUUUUUGAUAUUGAAAAUAAGAUGGUUAACUGAACAAAGCAUGAAUAUCAUGUUGAUUACAGUAGUUGUUGUAAGUAGAAGUAAUUUAGUUGAUGUUGAUCUUCCUGCUACGAAUUGGACAAGAACGAGAUGAAAUGAACGUGAAUCCUUACUGGUGUUGUAAACUAGAAGUAGUAGAACUAGUGAUGAACUUCUUCGACUAGAACAGGUUGUUGUAGUAGAACUAUUUUUCGCUUCAUUGGCAUUGAAAGUGAGAAGUUGAGUUGUGAAAGACGAUUAGGACAACUAUUGUUAGAGAAAAUGAAGUAGAAGUCUGAUAUUCUACUUCUUGAUGAAGACGUUUCCAUCUAUCAGCUGCAUUGUGACCAUGGGAUCCAGGCAGGAGCAGAGUCACAGCUUGGAGACGCGCAGGUUGGUGAUUCAUAUAAAAGGCGUUUGAAAGUGUACUCCUAUCCUCCUGACAUGAACAGAAAUUAGUAUCGAGCAAUGCCAAAACGAUAACGAUGAUGAUGUCGUGCUUUCUCUGUGCGUCGGUGAAGCGCGUGCUUUCUCUUCCUCCACCGGUUUUUCUGCACCUGACCUAG